AUGGAGGAUAUGCUGGGUGUGAAGGAGAGGGUGUGGCUACUGAAGCAAAGUCCUCGCGAUGAUCCCGGUAUCUUCGAGCAGCUGAGCCAAGACGCAAGCGCUCUUUAUCGCAGAAUCGAUACCCUGUUUGCGACGAAAGACAUGGACGCCCUGCCGUUCACUGGGCACACCCGUGAGGCAAAUCUAGACAAGGUCAACGGCGCAUAUUACGAAGUUCAGCAGAAGCGAGUCGUGCCCUUCCGCCUCCACGACACGGACAACGCAGUGUGGCAAUGUCUUGUCUCACUCGGGCUGACAAACCAGCGAGCCGUUGGAGGCCCCAAUGUGCGGUUUAACUCGCACCCUGACCCCUCGAAGACCGAAGAGGACGCGCUCCAGAACACUUUUUCCGUCGUGAUUUCAGGCGUCGGAGAGUUGGUCGGCACGCAUAAUUGGAAGGUGGUGCGACGGCACAAGGAUGAUAAGCGAGUCGCGUUCAUUUGCCGAAUAUUAACCGAG